GCUUCUAAUCAAAUGUGAUUUCAGGAAACUGGCUAAGAUUAAAGCAAGGGAAGGAUAUAUAAGGGUAUAUAUUUAUAUGUUGUGGGUGGAAGAUCGACCCUCCCAUUUUUUUCAGCCCAGUCCAGAUCCAUCUGAAAGCUUGGACUUCCAGAACCUCCUCUGACAAGUUUCCUCGCCUUCCUGUGAGAAUAGGCAGCCGCUGUCACAGAGGAGCCGAGGGAGUUCAGGAGAUCAGAGGCAGAGCAGCAGUUCCCCUCUCUGCUGGGGGAAACCAGAUGACCCUCUUCAAAGUGAUAAUGUAAACAGCUAGCAACUGGUGGAACCGUGGGAGUUUGAGGUAGAACUGGAAGAAUUCUUCUGCAAGAUAAGUGCAAAACCAACACUAUUCCACAGGGUGAGUGGGAGGCUGUGCAGUGACAAAAUGAGUCUGGUGGAUGUGAGACAGGCAGCGGGUUCCCUAACCCUAUCCCUGUCCAGCAAUGACUCCAAGGAGCGUUACUUUGACCGCGUGGACGAAAGUGAUCCUGAGUACCUCCGCAGCCGGAACAUGUCCCCGGACCUGAGGCAGGACUUUAACAUGAUGGAGCAGAAGAAGAGGGUUACCCAGAUCCUGCAGAGUCCGGUGUUUAAAGAUGAGCUCGAAGGCCUUAUUCAGGACCAGCUGACAAAGGGAAACACCCCAACAGGUCUCCUGGCCCUGAGACAAAUUGCUGACCUGGUCAUGGCGAGCACCGUAGGAGGGGCUGGACCCUUGACAUCACCCAUCAGCUUUGGGAUGGUGACUCCAGUCAAUGACUUGUAUGGCAUCGAGUCACCCUCUUUUGCUAAAGGGGAGAAACAGAGUCGUUGCAAGUUGGCAAGCCUCUACAGGCUUGUUGACCUCUUCACCUGGGCUCGUUUUACAAGCUCCUACAUUACUGUGCGUGUCAAUAAAGAGCAGGAUCACGUUCUCAUUGGCCCACGAGGGUUAUCCUUUGCUGAAGUGACAGCAGGGAACUUGGUAAAAGUAAAUAUAGUCGGUGAGGUGGUGGACCAGGGCACAACUGAUCUUGGUAUCGACCACUUUGGGUUUUCUUGUCAUGCUGCCAUUUACUCAAUGCGCCCUGAUGUGAGAUGCAUCAUCCACAUACAUACUCCUGCCACAGCUGCUGUGUCCUCCAUGAAAUGUGGAAUCCUGCCCAUUUCCCAGGAGGCUUUGCUUCUGGGAGACGUGAGCAGCUUUGGUUUCCAUGGCAGCCUGGAUAAUAAAGAGGAGAAGGUGGAGCUUCAGAAAGCCCUGGGCCCUACUGCCAAGGUGAUGAUUCUGAGGAACCACGGGCUGCUGGCUUUAGGAGAAACUGUAGAAGAGGCUUUUCACUAUGUGUACCACUCACAACAAGCUUGUGAAAUCCAGGUGAAUGCUUUAAGCUGCUCGGGAGACCUGGACAGCUUUGUGCUCCUCGAUAAGGAGAAAUUCAAACCGUUGACCCAGGGAGUGGCCACUGCCGGGGUGAUGAUGGACAAUGAGGUCAAGUGGAGAGUGGGCGAGGCCGAGUUCGAGUCCCUAAUGAGGAUGCUGGACAACCUGGGAUACAGAACAGGUUACUCGUACAGGAACCCCAUUGUCCGUGAAAAACCCCGGUCUAAAAAUGACGUGGAGAUCCCUGCCACGGUGUCAGCGGUGCCAUCAGAGGACAGUGAACUUGGUCUGCGGAGCCCCCUCAAGUUUAUGGUGCAGCAAAAGCAGAGAGAAAGAACCCGGUGGCUCAACUCACCCAACAGCUACUUGAGGGUCAAUGUUCCUGAACAGUCACACAGCGGGGACGUCAGCCCCAGGACCAAAACCAUGUGGAUGAAGUCAUCAGAGCCAGGCAACAGUGUUGGCACACCAAUAAAGAUAGAGGAUCCAAACCAGUUUGUCCCACUCAACACUGAUCCCACAGAAGUUUUAGAUAAGAGGAACAGGAUAAAAGAUCAGCACAGAGGUGACCAGAUGACUCCAGGACCAAAGUCUCAGCUACUGUCAGGAAUUGUUGUGGACACCAUACCAGGACCUGCUUUCAUCAUUGAAGAUGAGGAGCAGACGCGCAACCUCCCCCCUAAUCCUUUCAAUGAGCUGACAGACAAGGAGCUGGAGGAGUACAAGAACACGGUAGAAAAGAAGCAGCAAGGACAAGAAGAGGAUGAUGACGCUACGGAUGCAGAUGAGAUGACAACAUUUGAUGGUUCCACCAUCUCCCUUUCUCUCUCUCCCAUUAUGACCCCAGCUAAGGACGACGUAAUUCCCAAUGGGAAAGACCACCUGGAAGAGUUGGAGGAGGAUCUGAGCAUCGAGGUAUCCAAGCUGAGCAUGAGCACUUCGGAUACGCAGGAAAUCUCAAUUACAUCGAAUGAGAAGACAGGGGAAGCUCAGACCCCAGAGAGCCAAACCAAGUCCCCAAAGAAAAAGAAAAAGAAGUUCCGCACACCUUCAUUCCUCAAAAAGAGCAAGAAAAAGAAGGAGGAGAAGGAGAAAACUGAAGCCUGAGGGCAUUUGCUGUAAAAGCAAUUAGUGUUUGGCUAGGAAACCACCUGAAUUCAGUUCUUGUUGAAGUGGAGUGAAAUAUGACAAAUGAUUAUUAUUCAGUCAGAAUGUCUCCCAGGACACAGUCUUUUUUACACAUCUCUCAUUCACAGUUAUUAUUAGAUGUGAACUUACUUUGAUAGUAAAAUGGAUGGUUUCCUCCCUUGAGGGUUUAUGAUCGACCACUCCUGAAGGGCUCAGCAAAACGAUGUUAAAAUACAGAGAUGGUGUGGUUGAUAAUACCCAUAUUUUAAUGGGGUUUAAAUGGAUAUCACAGAACUAAGAGUUGUGUAGGCUAUAAUAAAACAAGAUUACAGUUGUGUUUGUACUAUCCUUUUUUUCCUUUUUUGCACAGUUACCUUGUUGAAUGUAUAUGGAAAGCUAUGGCAUUGUUUUGAGAAAUUAACAAUCAAACAAGUAGAAUGAUCAUAAUGAAACUUGGCCUUAAUAUGAAGUACGAAUUGUAUCUCUACUAUCCAUACACUGCACAAAACAUAUUAUGAAGUGUUUUUGACUAAUAUCUUGUCAAGAUUGUCACAUUACACCUGACAAGUCCAGAUAAAAAAUCUUAUUUCAAGAUAUAACAAACACGAAGUAGGGAUGCGUGAUGUCUGUAUCGGCAGAUAUGAACAUUUCUGCCAAUAUUUAUGACCGAUAUUUUGCUUAUCAGUAUAUAGAUCUGCCUAUUCAGCUGUCAGUAUUUGCAGUACAAACAAAUAAUUUAGUGUACUUUUAGGCAGGACCAACAGACCCCUGUCAGCUAAGGUCUCCGUUAUUCACAAUCAUUCCUUACAUUUAAAAAUGUAUUUAAGGACUGAAAUUUGUUAAUAUGUUCAUCCUCAACCUUUAAAUUGUGUGUUUUAGGUCUGAUCUACAUUUCAAUAUUAGAAUUGCUAAAAUUAUAUGUCAAUGUUUACAAAAAAAUAUUUUGUAAAUAUUCACUUAUCAAAUAUCAUCCAAAAUCUAAUACCGUGCAUCCCUACAAAUAAGGCUCUGACUGCUUUUAAAAACAAAAGUAUUGCUGAAAAUGAAGCCAGGAAGGUCUAGUUGUAAGGUUUCUUGAAAUUGGAUUUUUAUCUUGUCCAGGACACUUGGGUAAAAUUUGCAUUUGGAGCUUUUUCUACCUAUCAAAAGCAAUUCAGGAACUAGCUUGUGCUUGAAACAAGACAAUUGUUUUGACUUGCCAGGAUAUUAAAUGUGAUAAUUUUUUCCUACAAGUUAGACAACAACACUAAGAUCUGAUUUUCUGCAGUGCAGUUGUAUCUUUUUUGUAAUAAUAUAUGUUUAUGUCAUAGAUAUUACAAUAUAGUGUUUGAUAGUUUAUUAAAUGAUUUGAUAGUCCUAACUUUACAUACUAACUCAUAUACUUAACAUGCUGUGAUAGAUGGUAAUAAUUCAUGUUUUUCACAUAUAUGUCAGUGCUAUUGUCCCCAUGGUUGCUGCUUUAUUGUAAUAGAGAGCUCAGUAAAGUGAUGACUCUUGCAUAGCGGUGUUUCUGAGUGGCAAAGUUUGACCUUAACUGAAUGGCCUGAAACUAUGUAGUUGUUUUGAUGUGAAAGUGCAAAGCCUGAAUCACAGAAAGUUGAAUGCGAAAGACCCUUUUUUUUUCACGAAUAAUGAGUUUAUGGCAAUAUACAGAGGGUAGAGUUUGAACUAAGAGGACUUUUACUUACAUCCCAGUCAAUAAUGUGAAUGAUUUGUUUUGACCCAAAGGGAGUGAAGUCUUUGUAAAAAGUUUGUUUUUGUGAAGUUCUUUUGUUACGCUAAACCAAAUGUUAAAAAUUGAAACAUAGCAAUGUGACAGUACAAUCUAAUAACGGUAUUUUAAUAUUUCUUUUACCUUUUUUCAUUAAACUUUAUGCUCAGUGUUUACAAACUGCAUUUACUUAUGUAACCUGUGUGCCUAGUGCUAAUAUUCUCUCUGUUGUUUACAUUGCUGUUUGUGUCACCGGGGUUUUUUCCACAGUGCUUUACAUUAAACCUCCCGUCAGAGUCAGUCCUUUGAAAUUGCCUUCUCUCUGAUGUAAUAAAAGCUGGCAUAUGUUUCCAUAA